UUCAUUUGAAUUCGCCGCGCUACAGUAGUUGGUAGUAGGCCGAAGUCGGUAACACUGAACAAGAGAGAUAGAUAGGGAAAGAGAUAGAAAAUGAUAAGCACGUGUGCGUAUCUUGCAAAAUCAUUGAGAUAAAAAAAUGGUUUAAAUAAAGAGUAAUUAGAGGUGUAACGGAGAAAGAAACUUUAAUUGUCGUUUCUCUUGUUACAGAGCAACACAUUGGUUUUUUUCUUGGAAAAUCCUCAAUAAUAGAAAUCCAUCUUACAAAAAGACAAUUUCAGUCAAUUAAAAUAAUGGAUAAAUUACAAUUUGAAUUUACAAUAGUCGCUUCUCCAAAAGACGAGAAGUCGGCUACGAUAGCCAUAACCUCAAUUAGAACAGAAGAUGGAUUGACGUAUGUCUUACAAGGAGACCAGGGAUUAACCAACCAUAUAGAAUUAAUGAAAACAGAGAAUUAUUUAAAAGCAAAGAAUAGUUUAAAAAAAAGACAUCAGUCAAGAAAAGUGUGGAUCUCUAUGACAGAAGAGUUGAGAAAAAUUUAUAUAGAUGAGGAUGGCAAUAUACAGUUUGCAGGUGAAUACUUACAAGAAAUAGAAGAAAAAGACAGAGCUGAUAUAAGAAAGGAUGAUUUGAGUAAGAUACUAGAAAAAUUGGUGGAAACAUCACAGAAAAAAGAAGGAGAGAAAAAAUUAAAACAGAUUGCAGAGAAGUAUAUGAUUGAGAAAUUCACUAGUAAGAAGCACUCAAAUGCCAAACAAUGGAUAGAGACAUUUGAGAAGGAGUGUACAAGAUUUGAUAUCACAGAAGAUGAAAUAAAAAUAGAGAUAUUAAGAUUGUUUUUGGAUAAAUUUUGUUUAGACUGGCACUGCAUGGGCAACGUUAACGAAGUUGAAAAUUACUGCUAAAUGGAUUGAAUGAAAAGAUAGAUUCCUAGAGACCUUUGCUGAUAAAGGAUAGAGCACGGUAACAUAUGCUUUGUCAUUUAGAUAUAAAGAAGGAUCUCUUAUUGAUUAUGCAAUGAGAAAGGAAAGACUUCUGCUAGAUAUAAAUAAAAAUAUAGAUACAAAAACAUUAACGACCUUAAUUGCAGUAGGACUGCCAGACUUCAUUAUGAAUAAAAUAGAUAGAGAAGAAUGUGAAGAUUCAACAAAACUGUUUAAUGAAAUAAGGAGGUAUGAGAGUUUAGUGAAUAAAAAAAGUUUUCCAAAGAAGAAAGAAGAGAAAUUUGAAAAUAAAAAAAAGACUGAAGAAAAAAGGCCAUGCAAGAACUGUGAAAGUUUAAGCAAAGGCAUCAGAUAUCAUCCGGAGGAGUUAUGAUGGUUUAAGAAGAAAGAAAAUAAUAAACCUAGCGUUGUAGGAAACAACUCAGUAAUAGAGGUAGAAUUGAACACAGAGAAAAAAAACUAGAUAUAACACCAUUAGUCAAAAUCAAAGUAUUACUAGAAGAUAAGUUGGAGAUAGAAGGGAUCUAUGAUUUAGGGUCUCAGAUCUCACUAAUAAAUUCAAAAUUAGUUAGAGUCAUAGAAGAUAAAGAUAUAAAUAAAAUACA